AUGAUGUUCAAAUCGUCCAUCUACCUCACGGCCGCCUUUGCCGGCUCAGCAUUGGCAACUGGCAAUUCGUCCGCAUACGACUACAUCGUCGUGGGCGGCGGUACGGCUGGGCUCGUGAUUGCGGGCCGACUAGCUAACAACACGGACUAUACCGUCCUCGUUAUUGAAGCCGGGCCAUCAGUGUACGAUGAUCCGCGUGUGACUGCCCCCGACGGCUUCCCGGCCGGUACUAACUUGGACUGGUUGUACCAUACCACGGCUCAGGAGUACACGGGCACAUCCGGCCAGGUUCAGUACAUCAGCAGCGGAAAGGCCCUCGGAGGUACCAGUGCCAUCAACGGCAUGGCUUACACUCGGUCCAGUGCGGCGCAGAUUGACGCCUGGGAAGCGCUGGGAAAUGAGGGCUGGAAUUGGGAAACGCUUUACGCCUCUACUAAGAUCGGCGAGACAUUCCACGCCCCAGAUCCAACCCAGGCCAGCGUGGGCAAGGUUGUAUAUGAGGCCGACUAUCACGGCUUCGACGGCCCUUUGACGACGGGGUGGCGAAGUUCGAGUAACAAGGAAGGUUUGCUGUUUCCCAUCUUCGCCAAGUCGUUUUCCGAGCUUGGUGUAGAGACAGUACCCGAUGUGAAUGGUGGCGCGCCUAUGGGAUUCAGCAAUCCACCUUUCACGGUCAAUGUAGACGCCAAUAUGCGCCAGGACGCUGCCAGGGCCUAUUACUGGCCUGUCUUGCAGAACAAACAAAACCUGAAGGCUCUCGUCAACACCACCGUGGAGCGCAUCACGUGGGCCUCUGGGUCAACGAGCACGACAGAUGUCACGGCCAGUGGCGUUGUUGUCACGCUCGCCGAUGGAACGACACAAAGCAUCAACGCAAACCGUGAGGUCAUCGUAUCUGCAGGAGCUGUCAAGUCCCCCGCCCUACUCGAGGUUUCCGGCGUUGGUAAUCCGGACCUGCUGAGCUCUCUGGGAAUUACACCCGUUGUAAACCUCCCAGGCGUGGGCGAGAACCUGCAAGAGCAGACUAGCACCAGUUUGUCGUUCAACAUCACGACCAACAUCACCGAUAGCGCGUACUUCUUUACUUGGACUUCAGCUUCACAACUCGGACUGGGAAACCUUUCGGCCGAGGUAAAGGCAAACCUAUCAUCGUAUGCUUCAAUCCAGGCCAAAGCGUAUAACUACUCUGUCAGCGCCGAAGCCCUCGAGAAAAUUUUUGCUGUUCAGCACGAUCUAAUCUUCAACGACAAGAUCCCUGCUGGUGUCAUGGGCUCGGGUACAUCUGGCAGCGAUGGUUCGGCCUUAGCCACACGUGCCUGGUCCCUAUCGCCAUUUUCUAGGGGCAGUAUACACAUCACCUCAAGCAGCUUAAAUGACGUGGCCAUUAACCCGAGGUACUUCAUGUUGGAUGUCGAUGUCCAGAUGUUUGCCGCAGCAGUACGCAAGGUGCGUGAAGUGUACGGCACUGAGGCGUUGGCGGGUAUUGUUGGCGCCGAGACAUCGCCUGGUCUAAACGUUGUUCCUAGCAACGAUGACUGGGUUGAGUACUUGAGUUCGACCUUCAACUCCAACUGUCACUUGGUAGGCACCUGCGCCAUGCUUCCUAAGGAUAUGGGCGGCGUAGUCGACUCGAGCGCUAAAGUGUACGGCACCACAAACUUACGCGUUAUCGAUGCUUCUAUUAUUCCAUUUGAGCCUUCGGGGCCACCGACGGCCACAAUAUAUGGAGUCGCGGAGAAGCUGGCGGCCAUCAUGCUAGCUGAGCUCUAA